GGUUGUCCUAAAAAAAGACAUAAUAAUAAAUGCUCUCGAAGCACUCUCUACUCUCUACAGUCUCAACUCCACCACUCUCUCACUCACAUCACUCACUCACUGCUUCAACCCUAUCCUCGUUUCCAAACACUCUCCGAUCUCGGCAAUGGCCAAGCCUCACGGUCGUCGCCGUUCUUCCAGCCGAACAAAUCUAGCUUCUUGCGCCGUCGCCACUGUCUUCUUGCUCAUCUUACUCGUCGUCCUCCUUGUCGUUUACUUCACAGUCUUCAAACCAAAAGACCCCAAGAUCUCCGUUAACGCCGUCCAACUCCCUUCGUUCGCCAUCUCCAACAACACAGCUAACUUCACCUUCUCUCAGUACGUCGCCGUGAGAAACCCCAACCGUGCCGUUUUCUCUCAUUACGACAGCUCUAUUCAGCUCCUUUACUCGGGUAAUCAAGUCGGGUUCAUGUUCAUACCCGCUGGUAAAAUUGAUUCGGGUCGGAUUCAAUACAUGGCCGCCACUUUCACCGUCCAAUCUUUCCCUAUUUCUCCUCCUUCCUCCUCCGCCAUCUCCACCGUUUCCGCCGCCGUUGUUCCAGAUUCGCCGGUAAUGCCUGGUCCUCCGGAUUUCACCGUCGCUCCGAGAAACCCUGAAACUCCCGAUUUACCGGGAAACCCUGAAACUCCCGAUUUACCGGGAAAUCCAGAAACGCCGGAUUUUCCUGGGAAUCCGGGUCCUCCGAGUAUUCCGAGGAAUCCAGGCUCGCCGGAGUUUCCAGGAAAUGCCCCGAUAAUUCCGGGUACUCCGGCGUUUCCGAGAAACCCAAAUCCACCGGUUUUUCCAGGGAAUCCCGGGUCGGGUAACCCGAGAAGUAUGAGUCCACCGGGUUUUCCAGGAACUGGAGCUCCGCCGGGGUUUCCAGGAACCGGAGCUCCGCCUGGAUUUCCGGGUACGCCGGGAGGAUUCGGCGGGGGAGGAACGGGGCCAACUCUAGGAGAUGGAUAUGCGAAUCCGGGUUUCGGGUAUGGGAAUCGGGUCGGACCAACGAUGGAGAUAGAGUCGAAGAUGGAGUUAGCGGGUCGGGUCAAAGUACUGCACGUGUUCACACAUCACGUGGUCGCUAAAUCGGAUUGUCGGGUCACCGUCUCUAUUGCCGAUGGAUCCGUCUUGGGCUUCCAUUGCUAAUUUUCUUUUAAUUUCCCUAUUUUUAUUUAUUUUUGCCCCUUUUUAAAAAAAAAAAAAAUAGUUUUUUUGUCCCUUUUCCACUAAUUUUGUUGCUCCUUUUAUGUUUGAGGAAAUUAAUUAGAAAUUGUAAAAAUUUAUUAUUUUCUCCUAAAAAAGAGUAAGUUCAUAGUACUGUAGUCUUUGUUUUGAUGUUGUUGCUUAGUUUUAUUAGUGUUCUUUUUAAAGCUAUAUAAUGAUCACGUUCUCUCCAUCAAUUGAGCCCAAAAAUGCUGAUGUGUGUUC